GGUAAGAAAUUGAAAAAGCAAAGAGAAUGUGGUAGAUUUUUCACAUGACAGUUUAUGUCGUUGGAGAACUGCUAAUUAAGAUAUGCGCUUAAAGAUCGGUUCAUCGCUGUCAAUCGGAUUUUAUUUUGUUCACUUCAGUCCUGUUGAUGGCACACCUGUGAAUGUGAAGGCUGUCAUAUGUAUAAUCUGAAGGAGAAGAAGAACUGGAGUUUGUAGUAGUGGCAAGGACAUGGAGAAGAUGGCAAGGGUGACCACGGCUCUUGGCAGCAAUGCUGUUUCUGGUCGUACAAUGUUCUGUCACUUAGAUGCUCCAUCAAAUGCCAUCAGUGUUUGCCGUGAUGCAGCUCAGGUGGUGGUGGCCGGUCGCAACAUUUUUAAAAUCUAUGCAAUCGAGGAAGACCAGUUUGUUGAGAAGCUGAACCUAAGGGUCGGCCGCAAGCCUUCACUCAACUUCAGCUGUGCAGAUGUUAUGUGGCACCAGAUGGAUGAGAACCUGUUGGCUACAGCAGCAACUAAUGGGGCAGUGGUAACCUGGAAUCUUGGUAAACCAUGCCGCAACAAGCAGGACCAGCUUUUCACAGAACACAAGCGUACUGUCAACAAAGUGUGCUUCCAUCCAACAGAAGUCUACAUGCUGCUGAGUGGCUCCCAAGAUGGAUACAUGAAGUGUUUUGAUUUGCGUAAAAAAGAAUCUGUCAGCACCUUUUCAGGGCAGUCAGAAAGUGUGAGGGAUGUACAGUUCAGUAUUCGGGAUUAUUUUACCUUUGCUGCCUCAUUUGAGAAUGGGAAUGUCCAACUGUGGGACAUACGACGCCCUGACCGCUAUGAGAGAAUGUUCACCGCUCACAAUGGUCCUGUUUUCUGCUGUGACUGGCACCCAGAUGACAGGGGCUGGCUGGCAACAGGUGGCCGAGACAAGAUGGUAAAGGUGUGGGACAUGACAACAAACAAAGCCAAAGAGAUCUACUGUGUACAGACAAUUGCUUCUGUAGCCCGAGUGAAAUGGCGCCCAGAGCGAAAAUAUCAUUUAGCCACCUGCUCGAUGAUGGUAGACCAUAAUAUUUAUGUGUGGGAUGUACGCCGACCGUACAUCCCCUUUGCAACUUUUGAAGAGCAUAAGGACGUCACUACAGGAAUUGUAUGGCGACACCUUCAUGACCCUGGAUUCCUGCUUUCAGGCUCCAAGGACAGCACUCUGUAUCAGCAUAUGUUCAAGGAUGCCACACGGCCAGUGGACAAGGCAAACCCUGAAGGUCUAUGCUUUGGGCUCUUUGGGGACCUGGCCUUUGCUGCCAAGGAAAGUCUAAUGAGUGGUGACUCCAACCGCAAGCCAUAUGGUGGAGGAGAUCGCCGAUACCCCAUCUUUUUUUUCAAAAAGCCAGACCCGACAGAACAGUUUGCUAAUGUUUCCAGUGUCCUUAAUGUCUAUGAAACUGAAAUGGAAAAUAAUCGCAUGGACUGGUUUGUGAAGACAGCUAAACUGUACUUGUUGAGCGGCAAACCUUUUGCAGAGUUGUGUGACCACAAUGCCAAAGUCGCAAAGGAUCUAAAGCGGCCUCAGGUCUCAACAACUUGGACAAUGCUUAGGAUUAUGUACUCAGAUCCUGGAAAUCUGGCAGUGCCAGCAGUGAACCAUGGCAUUAGUAAAGUUGGAGCUAUUCCUGUAAUGAACAGCUUCAACAUGAAGGAUAUUACAGUUGGGCUUGGAAGUGAAAGCAGGCUGGAUCGCUCAAAGGGAGAGAAUCGGCCUGAUAACAUUCAUCUGGACUUAACAAACUCUCUAAUGAACAAUAAUGAUGAGAAUGAGGAGACUGAAGGCAGUGAAGGUCCAGCUGAUUAUCUCUUUGGAGAGGCAGAUCUGGAUGAUGAUGAUUUGUACACAAUGGAACACGAUAACCCAACAGGUCAGUGUGCUUCAGAGUGGACCCACUCAAAUAUUUCAAACUAUGUAUCGUGGAAUGGACACCAUUUUUUUUUUUAUAUAUAUAUAACACAUCCUUUGUUACAAACAACAGCCGCCGCUUCUGGCCAUGAGAUCAUCGUGCAGUAUCUUCUUGAACAUGGUGUGAAGGUGGACGAGAGGAAUUCCAAAGGAGAGACCGCACGGGCCCUGGCCAUGAUGUAUGGACACACCAAGAUCGCCAGCCUCAUUGACAUGCAUGUGGUGCAGAGCCGUCCCAGGCUGGGGCAUUUUGAUGACCUCAGCUCCUCCGAAGAUUCCGACUCCGCUCCACACAGGCCCCGCAGCAGCCGGACCAAAAGCAGGGGGCCAAGCAUUCAUGACGGACCACAAGCCAUUGCUAAAUUCCGAGUGGGCCCGAGUACCAAGCAGUACGACUCUGCUGUGAUGCCACCGGGCUAUGUGACAUUCAGAGAUGCCAGUGAUCAUCCUGGAGGGUUUCGGAACCGUGACGUCACCUCGCCCAUCAACGAGCAAGAUGUGGACAGCAACAGCAGCCAAGGUGACAGCCCGUUCUUUGAGAACGACAUGCCAACAAUGAGGAGCAGCAGCAGCAGCAGUGAGGGAAUCCCCCAAUUGCUGGGUAGGAGCCGAGACGCCUCGCUGGAGAGCAAUGAGGAUUCAGACCAAGCAAAGCAAACGGUUGGGCGCCGGCAAAAUAAGACGUACAACAAAGGGAAGAGUCGCUGCUGUUCUGACAACGUGCAGGCGUUCAACAAAACAAACUCGGAGGCUUACGCUCCCGUGGCACAGCUGCCUGCAUACACCGGACCCAAGGACCUGGCUGAGUUUUUGGACUCCAUUGGCCUCUUGAAGUAUCUCGCCCUCCUGGAGGAUCAAGACAUCGACCUGCGGAUCUUCCUCACGCUCACCGAGAAUGACCUAAAAGAAGUGGGCAUCACACUUUUUGGGCCUAAACGUAAGAUGACCUCUGCAAUAGCCCGGUGGCACAGUAGUGCACGUCCUCCCAGUGACACCCUCGAGCAGGCCUACGCUGACCAGUUGGAAGCAAAGAUGCAGGAAAUGGCCAUCCAGCUUCACAAGAAAUGCGAGGAGGUGGAAAUGCUACAGAGCCAGGUGUCUCAGGAGAGGGAGCUGCGCACAGUGGUGGAGGGCUGCCUGAUGGAGGACAAGAUGGCAUGGAGAAGGUUUCAAGACCAGGUGGAAGACACACAAGAGCUGGCCAAGGAGGCAUUAAUGGCGCUGGAUAAAGUCCAAACGUGCCAGACGGAAUUCCUUAACCGGCUCAAGAAGGACAUCUCCUGCUGGCAACCAUCAGGUGGUGAGGUGAAAUCCAAGAUGCAGACAGAGGAGAGAGUUGGCAAAGGAUGGAAGGAUGACCUCAAGUCACAGGGUCUGUCAGAGCUGGUGACCACACUGGAACAAUGCCAUGCUGAGACGAGGAAAGCUCUCCUGCUGGUAACAAGAAACCUUGACAGAUUACAAGACGUGGACAAGGGGGCCAGGGAGUGGGCCGAGUCCUAGCGCCAUAUUGCAGAUAAGAAACUUUUGACGGAGGGUGAAUGUGCCACCCUGAACAAGCUCACCACUAGGGGGUGCUGGAGAUUCCUGGCCGCGAGCUCCGAUGAGUGGCUGACAGACAGCAGAGCGGCCCACCAGCGUCCAGUCCAUCCCAUCUUGAAGACGAGUGUCUGUGUGGGACGCCUCAGAGCAGCUGAACCAGCAGGUUGUCAUCUUCAGCCUCUGUGAUGGGGGCAAGAAGAGACGGCUUUAGAGAAAGAGACAGAGGGGAGCUGAGAAGCCAGUAAAAGUGAUGGAAUAAGCAAUACAACUCGGGAUUAAGGAUGAAGAGGAGGUUAUGCCAAGGCACAAAUACCUCAGAUGGGAAAAUCUACAGUGAUGUGCAGACCCUCAAGUGAGGACAAGGCUGACAGUGGCCGCCCCCCCCAAUCUCAUCACUGUGGUUGUUUCUUAAUUUAUUUCUCUUGUAAACUUGGGCAGCUGUGCCAAAGAGCCAAACAGAUGGUGAUGAGGGUGCCCGCUUUGUCCGUGUGUGGAGCACACACAAGAGCUUCCCUGAUCCCCCACAAACCGCUCCACAUGUCGGCCCCCUUGGUCAAAGUCCUCUGGUGUCAGCUCUGUAGACCCCUUUUUGCUGAUAGGCUGCAAUUUUUUUAUGUUGAAAUUGUUACACAUCUCUGAAUAGAAAGGGCGAAAAAAAUGAGUUGCUGCUGCGUGAUUCUCAAUAAAAAUAUUUUAAAAUGUG